AUGAAAAAAUUAGCUUUGUAUCUCAAUAAAAAUUUACUUGGCGUGUUCUUUAUUACUUUAGAUAAACCCUCAGAUUUGGUAGCUAUGGGAAAAUCAGUAAAGAAUUUAAAAAUAUAUUACGUACCACCAGAAGAUUGGGGACCCGAAUAUCCAAUUUCAGGAGCUGUCAGGCAUAACAUACCCAUGCCUACGUUGUAUGAUGCAGAAGGUCAAAGACUAAAACCAAAGCUGAGCAUAGUAGAACUAGUCUUGUAUAACAUUGCUGCCAUGUUAGCCGGAGUAGCUACCGGUUACGAUGUGAGACUGUCAAAUAUAUCACCUUUGCAUCCGAAACUACAACCAAAUAGUCGGAUAGAAGUAGUAGAUAUGCCAGCAUGGAGACCCGUAGAACCCCAAGACUACGAAUAUUCGACAAUAUCUGGAUACAAUCACAAUACCUAUCAUGGGCCCAUAAAACACAAUAGGCCAAUGUUGACGGGGUCGCAACUUCUUACUUUACAGAAUGAAGAAAAACGACCAUUGAGAUUUACAGAUUCACCUCAACAUCAUCCACCGAACCCUUCACCUAGAAGAAAGUCAAGUUCCACAAGUAACGAUGGUUGUGAUCUUUAUGGACCUUUCGAAAGGUCUGCCACUAUAUACAUUCCAGGAGAUUAUCAUAGCAAAAAUAUUUUAGUGAAUUCAAAAAGGUACCGUCUGCUGGUUAUAGUGGCAUCAACAAGUUCUGUGGUUUGUAGCUAG